AUGCAUAUAUUUGGCUGGACUCUGGGUGCGCUGUUCUUUUCUCGAUACGGUCUGGCUCAAGGACCUGAUGCUCUCAAGCAAGAUAUCGAUGAGAUGAAGUUUCCUGAGCCCAUAAAUGCCGCCGAAUUUGACGAGAAGAUACCGCAACAUCUUCACUUAGUGGAGUUUUACAGCCCUUACUGUCACCAUUGCAAAACACUAGCACCAAUUUGGGAAAAAGCUUGGAGAGACUUUCAUAUAGAAGGAACUCAGUUGAACAUCUCCUUGGUUCAAGUUAAUUGUGUAGAAAGUGCCGAUUUGUGUGCAAGAGAAAAGAUUAGUGCGUAUCCCGCUAUAAAACUGUAUGGCCCAGGAGGUUUCAUCAAGGACUAUCCUGAAAUUAAAAGAAGUGCUGAACAUUUUAUCAAGUUUGCUCGUCAGGAAGCGCAAAAUGUCGAUAAUCUAGAAACGUCGCUUCUGACUAGUCAAAGCAAAGAGCUCGAAGGAGCCUCACUUUUGAAGCUCAUAUCGGGCAAGGCCGACGUUCCUCAUAUAGUGUCUUUUUGGCCCUCUAAAGGUUUAACAUCGGUGGACGACAGCUCAAUCGAAUUCGAAAAUUGCGAUCAAUGCCAUGGCUUCCAGAAAACCUGGACCGCGCUUUCUGCCAAACUUUUGGCUGAAGACAUUGUUUCAGCCCAUGUUAAUUGCGAGUCUGAGCGUAACAUAUGUGAAGAGCUAGAUUUCAGUGAUCUGAUUGACAUUAAAAAUCACAGAGCCGACCGAGUGCCACGAGUCAUUCUAAUUGUUCCUCAAAAAAAAACCAGCGCUUUGUAUUACUACACUAAACAAGAUUACGGCUUAGGUGCGCUAGAGGAUUUCGCGUUGCGGACAAGCGCAAACGCCCAAGUGCAGGAAAUUAGUGGAAAGGCCCUGCGAAAACUGAUCUCAACACCUAUUGAGCUCAGAAAGGGCCUAAGUCAGUCGGAUGAAAGCAUACACAUUGUUUUCAACUACGAUUCUGAAACCGCGGUACCUGAAGAUUUUGACGUCUUGGAGCAUCUCGUGGAGCCUGUUUCGAACAUCCCAAAUGCAUACCUUCACAAGAGCACUGACGACCUCAAGUCUCUUUCACACUCUUUGUUCCUCGAUAUGUACAAAAAGAUAAACCUGCCAAUGGGGGACCGCGAACUGUCACCCAAUGAGGAGUACUUUACAAUGAAAUCAGUUACUCAGCUACCUACUUUCUUCAUUUUCAAACAAGGCAGCUUGAUCUCCCAUGUGCUCAACGGUUACUCUACUACUGAGAUGCGAAAACUGGACCUCAUUUUGAAUUGGUUUGACCAAAACCGUGCACCACUUCUCAGCCAACUGACGCCUGAUACAUACAAGCAGGUGCUCAAUUAUUACCCAGAGAUCUAUAAUUUUAUGGCAAUUCAGGUCAUUGACACUUCAAGCAAUGCACAACUGUCAAAAAGUUCAAAGUUCUUGGAGAAUUUCAAAAUGAGCGCGCUCGAAUACGAAUCUGACCGCAUAAACUAUCUUUUCAACAAGGUGAAGGAAGGAAGGGCUACAAAGGAAGAAGCUGUUGAAUCAUUAAAAUCAAAACAAGCACCUUCCUCUGACAUCAUUACAAAAAUGCGGCACGAGAUUGCUCAUAAUGAUAAGCAGCGCGUCCAAUUCACUUUCUUGGAUCUGGCCUUGCACGGUGAUCUCUUGAAGCAAGCCGGACUGAAGUCGAGCGGGCACAGUCCAAAAAACGGUGAUGUUCUCGUUCUAGACAAGACAAGCCUAUCGUUUUUCGUUGAAAAGUCUCAGGACGGCGAAAUUUUAACCACCGAGAAGUCCUCUGACUUGAAAAAUACCCUUUCCGUGUUAGCUUUUGGGACAGUUGACGAAAAGCGCAGGAUCAUCAAAGAGAGCCUCAAAAAUUCCGAAAACUUCUUACUCAAUGCUCUUAGCCGUUCCCAGGAGAAUCUCGGCAUUUUGGGAUACCUAUUACUAUUCGUGGUAAUAGUUAGUCUCGCUAGGUUGUUACAACUCUACAGGAAACAAUCUGUCAGACGCAAGUACCGUAACCGCAGAGAUGUCACAGGAAUCCUCGGGAAGCAAAAAAGCAAGGAUUAG